AUGUCGGGUUACCCGUCAGCGACCAGCCCUCAGGCGCAGUACUUCCCGCACGGCCAUCAGCCGCAGUUUGCCCCUCCGCCUGCGCCGCAACAGCAACAGCAACAGCAGCCGCAAUACUAUCCCCCGCCGCCUGUGCAGAGUCCACCCGCGACCCAGCAGCACUUUGCGCCGCCGCCGCAGCACCAGCACCAGCACCAGCACCAGCAAUAUGACCACCACCGCGCCUCCUCGUACCAAGGCAGCCCCGCGCCGCACCAGCAAUACGCACAGCAGCCCGCUCCCGCCUAUCCUCCUCCGCAAUCCGGAAGUCCGUACCCUGUAGAAAAGGCGACGCCGCCCCCGCCGCAGCCUGGCCAGCUGCAACAAUCGCACACUUUCAAUUCCAACACUCCGGCCCAGAUGCCCGGCGGCGCUCCUGCUGCUGGGCACUUUGUGGGCGCCGGUGCCACUCAGGAUGAUGUUGGCACCUUCAACGGAGGAAGUUACAGAAUCAGCCAUCGCGACACCAACAGUAUUCUGACUGUCCAGCUGGCGAUGGGGUGUCCGCUGACCGCGAGGCCUGGUGCCAUGUUCGCCAUGUCCCCCACCAUUACCCUCAAGGGUAGCAUAAAAUUCUCGUUGAAGAAAUUCGUCGCUGGUGGCGAGCUGUCCACAUCGACCUUUACCGGCCCCGGCGAGCUCCUGCUCGCUCCUCCUUCCCUCGGAGACAUCACCAACAUCCGCCUAAGCGGCAGUGAGAUGUGGAGCGUAAGCAAAGACGGUUUCCUGGCCUGUACUCAGGGCAUCGUCAAGGAGUACAAGAGCCAAAGCUUGUCCAAGGCCAUGUUCUCUGGAGAAGGUCUUUUCGUGUACAAGAUAUCGGGCUCUGGUAUUCUUUGGGUCACGAGCAUGGGUGCCAUUUUGAGGAAGGAUCUUCAAGAAAAUGAGAAGUACAUUGUGGAUAACGGUCAUCUUGUUGCUUGGAAUUGCAAGUACGUGCUUGAGCGCGUCGCGAGUGGCGGUGUCAUCUCGAACUUGUCUUCAGGCGAAGGCCUGGUGUGUAAAUUUACCGGGCCCGGCACCGUCUUUAUCCAGACAAGGAACCCCACAGCGAUGGCUCAAUGGCUCGGAGCGCACACUGGCGCAGCGUAG